AUGACCACCCGCGGAAGACCACCCGUCAGUCUGCGCCCAACCACACCCCCAGACCCAACACUUGCAACCCGCCCAGUCCCUAGGACCCGCACCUUCACCCCACACUCCUAUGGCCCCGGCGCAGCACCCAACAUCAAAGACCUCGUGCGCAAUCUCAACCAAGUCCGCGCAGACUCAGACCCAGCAACCUAUCUAAACCCCCUGGACGCACAGUAUUCCCACAUCCUUCCAGACGGAAUCCACCAGCUCCUCAAAGAGAUCAUAGCCGACGAGACCAUAUUCACCGAGACCGACGAGAUCAUCAGCAUCGACCCAACAUGGGGCUUCUACGCCUUCCUCGUCGACUAUGACGCCGACACACUGCGCAAGAUCCCCCUAGCAAUGCACAACCUGGUCGAGGCAACCCGCCGCACCAUCCGGGCCCAGUCCACCACCGCAUACGCGGACGAAGCGCUCCGCCGGUUCAAGCUCGACGUCGUGCAGGAUGAAGCCGCACUCGCGGACGCCUCGGCCGAUCGCAUCCGCGAGGAAUUCAGGGCACAUCUGCGCGGAGUGCGCCAGCUCGGUGACGACGGGGUGAUCCGCGGCGCGGCGCGCAAUUACGCGUGCUUGGUGCUUGAUCGGGCGGUGGUGUUGAUGUUGGCAGACCUGGCACCUGCAUUUUCGGAGGACCUGAGGGGGGAUUGGCGGGCGUUGCGUGGGAAGACGAUUCCGCUUGUGGAUGCGUGGUGGGAGCGGCCGGCGGCGAAUGGCUCGGCUUAUAGGGGCGUGGAUUGUUGUUCCGUCCCUCGCGUACUUGUAUAG